AUGAAAUAUGUGAAAUCCUCAAUGAUCCAAUGUUGUGUUUGGGGUGUUCUUCUCGAUUUUGGCCUCACUUUUGCUACAAUUCCUUAUGUGUUACUCCCAACUAUAUCUGGAUAUCCAUUGGGAAUUUUAACCAGCUUAGGAAUGAGUGUGAAAUAUCAAACUUUUUUGAUAAUUGAGUUACUGAUUGGUGUUGGUUGCUCAAUUAUUGGGAUUCUCGAAAAUCGUUAUACUUGCAUCACUAGACCAACUUCAAGUUUGAAAAAUCAUAUAAUCAUCUACAUAUUAAAUUUUUCUACACUAACGUUAUCAUAUAUUUAGUUUUUCUCGAUUUCCCAAAUCAAGAAAAAGCUCGAUACAAAGUUUUAUACGAGCUUCUCCCUCAAAACCUUCCUGAUUACUACUACACUUCUCCAAUAUUUGUGCUAUCUUUGAAUAGUUUUCAAAUGGGAAUGACGAUUCUAGCGAUGUACACGUUUUUAUUAUUGCAAUGCAUGUUUUUUGCGUUUGGCACAGUCUACAAACUUUAUUGUCAGCAAAUUAACAAAAUUCUAUCAUCGAGUACUAGAAAAAUGCAAAACAAGUUUUUUGUUUUGAUUUGUAUACAGUGUUCGAUACCAUUGUUCGUUAUUGCUUUUCCACUUUGUUAUAUUAUUUUCAGCUGCUCAACUUUUUAUUUUAAUCAAGGUAUGUCUGGCGGAGGGGUGUUCAAUGUACCCUACAUCCAGAGAGUUCAAAAAUGGAAAUAAAAUUACUUUUUUCCGUAUGGGUAGAUAAAAUUUUCGCCAAAUUUUGAACGAAAAACAUUAUUCUAACAAAAUUGUGUGAUCAGAAUAAAACUUCUGAAUUUGAAUUUCCCAAUAUUGUUAUUUUCAGCACUCAACAACCUUGCAUUUAUUUUAUUCUCAUUUCACGGAAUUCUAACAACAAUAUCGAUUAUUUUUGUGCAUUCACCUUAUCGAAAUGCAAUUCUACCAAGUUGUUUGAAAAGGAAAAUGGGACCGCAAGCUUCAUCGUUUGGAAAAGAUUGA